AUGGACUUUGCAAAGCCUAGAUUGAAGGUGAGCGAUCCUCCUUCGCCCUCAUUAAGGAGCAAGACCCCUGUGUCCGCUCGCGUGUCAGGCGAUGAUCAGCUGGCGCAAGAGGUUUUCCAAAUCUGGCACCGCCAAAGGAACAGUCCAACACUAUUCCCUGGCGCUCUUGAUGCAAUCCGUUCGCUGAAGUCCAAGGGCGUUUCCAUUGGCACGCUGACGGAUGGCAAUGCCAAUCCCUUCACAAUCGAUGGUCUGAAGGACGUCAUCGAUUUUGCCGUGAACGCCGUCGAGGCGGGUGCUCCGAAGCCGGAUCGGCGAAUGUUUGCGCUCUGCGAGAGCAAAGCCGGCCUGGGCCCGGAAGAGAUGGUUAUGGUCGGCGACAAUCCAGCCAAGGACGUGGAGGGAGCCCUGGAUGCAGGUUGGCGGGCCAUUUGGGUCAGGCCGCCGGAACCGUCCAUUCUGCGCAGUGCCUUCGACGUGGACGCUGGCGGCUCUGGCCCGGCUCCGCGGCGAGCACAUGCGGACGUGGACCACGUCUCUGAGGUCGAGGCCUGCCUGACGUCUUGGGCAUAG